GGAGGUGCUGGUCAGGUGCUCUGCGCCGAGGUGGUGUGCAGGUGAGCAGCUGCGGGUUUGGGGGCGCUCCUUGCUUCCGCCGCCUCCCCCCUUUGCACCGGGUCUGCGAGAGGGAGUCCCCUCCAGGCCCUCACUCCCACUGCCCCAAACCGAUGCGGACUGAACGGAUCGCUGCAAGGAUUAUCUUACACGGAACUGAUCAAGUUCUUUGAAAAUGACCUCAAAAUUUCUCUGGGUGUGCUUCAUACUUGCUGCAUUAACACUUGCAAAGACAUAUUCUCUCCAACCAGACCAGCAAAAAGUUCUGCUAGUUUCAUUUGAUGGAUUCCGUUGGGAUUACUUAUACAGAGUUCCAACACCCCAUUUUCAUUAUGUUAUGAAACAUGGGGUCCAUGUGAAGCAAGUUACUAAUAUUUUUAUUACAAAGACCUACCCUAACCAUUAUACUCUGGUAACUGGCCUCUUUGCCGAGAAUCAUGGCAUUGUGGCAAAUGACAUGUUUGAUCCUAUCCUGAACAAAUCCUUCUCCUUGGAUAACAUGGACAUUUAUGAUUCUGAGUUUUGGGAAGAAGCGACGCCAAUAUGGAUCACGAAUCAGAGGGCGGGACAUACUAGUGGCGCGGCCAUGUGGCCCGGGACAGAUGUGAAAAUACAUGAAAGCUUUCCUACUCACUACCUCCCUUACAACGAGUCCGUUUCCUUUGAAGAGAGAGUUGCCAAAAUCAUUGAAUGGUUUACCUCGAAAGAGCCCAUCAAUCUUGGUCUUCUCUACUGGGAAGAACCUGAUGACAUGGGCCACCAUUUGGGACCGGACAGCCCGCUCAUGGGACCUGUCAUUUCAGAUACUGACCACAAGCUAGGCUAUCUCAUACAGAUGCUGAAGAAGGCAAAGCUGUGGAAUGUUCUGAACCUAAUCAUCACAAGUGAUCAUGGGAUGACGCAGUGUUCUGAGGAAAGGGUCAUAGAGCUUGACCAGUAUCUGGAUAAAGACCACUAUACCCUGAUUGACCAAUCACCUGUAGCAGCUAUCUUGCCCAAAGAAGGUAAAUUUGAUGAAGUCUAUAAAGCACUAGCUCACGCUCAUCCUAAUCUUACUGUUUACAAAAAAGAAGAGAUUCCGGAAAGAUGGCAUUACAGAUACAACAGCCGAAUUCAGCCAAUCAUCGCGGUGGCUGACAACGGGUGGUAUGUUUUACGGAAUAAGUCCGACGACUUUCUGUUAGGCAACCAUGGUUAUGAUAAUGCAUUAGCAGAAAUGCACCCCAUAUUUUUAGCCCACGGGCCUGCCUUCCGAAAGAACUUCACAAGAGAGGCCAUGAACUCCACGGAUCUGUACCCCCUGCUCUGCCACCUCCUCAACAUCACUGGCAUGCCACACAACGGGUCACUCAGGAAUGUCCAGGAUCUGCUCAGUUCCACAGCGCCAAGAGCAAGCCCUUACACGCAGAGCCCUCCUUUCCUGCGUGGUGGUGUCAAACCAAGAGAAAAUGAGCAAGAGGAGUCAUACGCUUAUUUCCUAGGGGUCUCUCUCGGAGCUAUUAUAGUUACUGUCUUUUUAAUAACUUUCACUAAACAUUUAAUUCGCAGUCAGAUACCUGCCUUACCAGAUUUUCAGUCUGAAAUAUCUCAGCCAUUAUUACAAGCCUAAUGCUAUGUUGAUGUUGAUGGGGAGGUUGCAUAGUUAUGUCAGUGUUUAAAGGUUUCCCAUUCUAGGAAACCAGCUUCAGGCAUUUGCACAGACCAUUAAGCAGAUUUGUACAUAGAGAGGCUUGUACACGCACACACACGCACGCACUCAUAGGCACGUGGAUCAAAUGACACAUAUCUGCAAAGGAUGGAAAAUGGGGCGGUAUGUUUGCAUUGCUCUCUCUGGCUUAGGGCAAUGUAGGGCUACCUGAGAUCCUGCUUUAUUUGGACUUGGCAUAUAAAAUGUAUAUAUUUAGCAACUUUGCACUAUUUGAAGUAUCAUACAGGAUUGCACUUUAAAUUACUCUCCUGGAGUUCCCCUUGUGGGGUGGUGGAAAUGACUCCAACUAGAAACCAUGAGGUUG